AUCAUUCGAAACCUAAACACAAGAUUUAAAAGUUUAAAUUCUGAAACAGAAAAUAAAAAUGAAGACAAUCGUUUUAUUUGUUUUUACCAUUGCAAUGGCUAUUGCAUUGUGUUCUUCAAGCAGCAUUGGAAGCUCAAGUGAGAUCGAAGAAUCAUUAAAAUCAUUAUUAUCGCCUCCUUCUGAUGACGAAAAUUCUUUCGCAACUUCAGAUGAAGUUGAAGGUCCAGUCCGAUCUGCUCGUGGAUUUUACUCCUGCAGAUGGUUAUGGCUUUCUCUUUCGAAAAGAAACAGCAACUGCAACACGUAUUGUAGAGGCCUUUCAGGAAGACGAGGUGGAUAUUGCAGUAAAACUUUGAUUUGCACUUGUUACAGAUGAACACAAAGAUAAAUUUCAUGUCUAAUUAAACUUCAAUUCUUCAAAUUUUUCUCUUAAACUUAUAAAUUGAAAAAGCAUUGGAAAAUUUGGAAAUAAAGUUUUCAACACAAUCAAAAUAAACUCUAAAGUGGUUUGUAAAAAAGAGA